GGUGUCUGUUGUGAUGUGACGUUUUUGGUCAAUGGUUGAGGUGUACUUCCUUCAACGUAUACGACGAUGUAGCAAUUCGGUGGUACCAGAUCGAAGUCACUAUGAACUUAACAAGAUAAAACGUUUGAUUCGACUUUGUUAUGAAACCUUGAAACACCAUGUCUUGGUUCAAACGAGGAAAAGCAGACAGCAGGAACAGUGCUGACCAUCUGAGUGACAAUGGCAGUACAUCUAGUGGACGGUCAAGGACGGACACCGAUCCAGAAACAUGUCUGGAGGUAUUCCAGAACCAUUGGACACAAGCCCAGAGCAUCAUCACGGCCAGAGAAUCCAACAGCAUUGGCAAAAAUCAGGAGCCCUGUACCUACGAUGAUGUAGAAGCUGUUGUGAAAAACUUUGAGCAGAUGAUUAACUUACUUGCUAGUGAAGACGGUUUAGAUGAAAAUGGCCAAGGCAUGCCGGGGCCUAUUCUUCAUUAUCUUCUUGAGCAAAACAUUUUUGAAAAAUUUUGUACCUGGUGUCAAAAUCAGGCUGAAUAUAGUGAAAAGUUAAAAUUAGAACAGUUACGAAUGUUUGAGAUGUUAAUUGGACAGUCUCAUCAGUUGUUGCUCAUCCACAAAGCUGUGAUAAACCCAAUCCUCCGACUUCUAUCGUCCUGUGUACAGGACACAAAUUCAAGAGGAAUCGAGAGUAGACUUGUACUAAUACUUCACCAAAUAUGUGCUUCCAUCUCCCAACAGACUGUUAUACUAGAAAGCUUUUUCAAUGCUAAUGCUGACCAUGGUCCAGCAAAGUUUCUGAUUUUUUCGUUGUUGAUUCCGUUCAUCCACCGUGAAGGAACAAUAGGUCAACAGUCCCGAGAUUCUCUAUUGUUGAUCAUGACGUUAUCAUCUAAACACCCGCAUAUUGGAGAAUUCAUUGAGAAAUAUUCCGACUUUUGUCCCGUACUGGCUACGGGACUGAGCGGUUUGUACUCAUCACUUCCCCGUAAGAUCCCAGUGCCUGCAGAGGACUGGUACCAGAUUACACAAGAUGAUAUCAACCAGGUUCCGGGAAUCCAGAUGUUCCUUAACUCCCUGGAGUUCUGUAACGCUGUAGUACAGAUCUCCCACUCCAGCAUCAGUGAACAGUUGAUAGAAUAUAUAUACAAGGGGUUCCUGGUUCCUGUGAUGGGUCCAGCCCUACAUCAGGACGUUUCAGGUCUUCCACUUCCCCUCCUUGAUUCUCCAAUGUUUGCGAAUUCCCGAGAGGAGGUGAUAGCAGCCACAGCUUACCUAGAACUGUUUCUGAGGAAGAUUACAGAGCCAGCACUCACACGAGCUUUCCUCAAAUUUAUCCUCACAGAACAGAAUGAUGAGAUUGUUAUAUUAGAGUCGCUGGUCACGAGAAUCAACAGCAGCACCAAGCUGUUGUGUGUCGUUUCUCUAUCCCUGUUCAAAACACUGAUUGAUAAAAACUGUGAAGAUGUUUUGUUCCAGCUGAUUCUCAGGUACUUGAUUCCGUGUACCCAUGUAAUGGUGAGUCAGCGGCGAGCUGUAAAAGAUGUUGAUCUGUACGGCAAGAGUGCCGAGAAGUUUCUUUCUCUCCGUCCAAACUGUUGUGUACCUGAUCCCAGUGAAAGCCCCAAGGGUGGAAGCUCUUCACCAACUACAGACAGAUUUGUGGGAUUGGGUAUCGCUAGCCCUUCCCCAGCCUUGCCCCCGGCCUCCAGGCCCAAGCGUGGCCUCGGCAGCUUUCUACGGGCACGAAAACAGGAACAGGAGUAUCAGCGUACACGUAGAAGAGCUGCCUCCUCCUUGGAUACGCCUAAGACGGCCUUGUCUCCUGCUAGCUCCAAAGGUAGCAAGCUGGAGCAUUUUGAGACCAAUUACAACGAUUAUCUCCAGGAGGCACGGAAGUCCCUCGAGAACACAUGUAAGGCGUGUCGUUGCUGGACGUACCCUUAUGAUGGGGAGAACCCCUCUCCAACUGUGUUCACAGACUUGGACACACCGUCCUCACCGGACAGCAUGUGUGAUGAUAGUAAACGUACUAGUUUGGGUGACUCAGUGUUAGAUAGUACAGUAGGUAAUAAUACAACGCCUGGCGUGUUGAUGUUGUCCCAUGGUAACGUGAAUUCCACCAUGUUCAGCGACAGUAACACACCGACUGGGGCUACUUCUCCCAGUAUAAUGUCAAAAGGUACUGCACUAGUGAACCGCGACUUUAGGUCGUAUCUAGCUUUGAUUGACGUGACGUCUCCAGACGAGGAUAGUAAAAAAACUCCGUUUUACCAGUCGGAAGUGUCAGAGAUUUUAAGACAGUAUGAUUCAACGCACUCUGAGCGCUGGAGCCGAUCCGAUCAGGAGGAUAUAUCUGAUUUUAUGUCCUAUCUGACAGAGGUUGGCACUCCGCCAGAAUAUGAACAGGACCGGACUAUAGAAGAGAGCAUCCUGUCUUUAGAUUCAGUGCUGUCUGACCUUUGUUCAGGGUCAUCAGGUUCCAAUUUAUACACCUGUCUGGGAUCGGAGAGUAGUGAAAAUGAUAGUGUAUUCAGAAAUAGUGUACUAGGAUCAACACAUAGUGAUAAUCAAAUCUCACCUACACCUCAGAAUAAUGGAAAUGAUGGUACAGCGUUUGAUGUGAUAGACUCCAAAAUGAUGCCCAUGAUGUCUGAAGAUGUUUCGGACCAGUUAGAGGAGCAGACGUCUCCUGGGAACCCUCAGGAUGCCACAAGCUUUGUAGAAAUCACCCUGUCCUCAUUCACAUCCGAGACAAACGCACACGAUUCUUUAUCAAAACUGAAGCGUACAAAUUCUCUUACAUCUGUAAAUACCAAAGAAAAUGGAUGUCGUUCUCCAACUAAAACUGUGAGUUUUUCCCUCCCUAACCCUUCUAUGCAAAUGCCAACCUUGUCCUCAGGAAUCAUCCAAGUGCCUUCUGCAGAUUCCAGUGGUAAGCCCACGGACACCUCACCUAGCAUAGGACCGUUCCUGAGCAGUCUAUUUAGCAAGCUGGAAGGAAUGAUGCAAAACAACCUGUCAAUCAACCUGGUAUUGACAGGAGUGAUUGCUCGUCUGGCCGCCUACCCUCAACCAUUGCUGCGAUCCUUCCUUCUCAAUCAUAACCUGGUAUUCCAACCCACAGUCAAAUCUCUAGUCCAGGUUCUUACGUCAGUGCGUCAGAAGGUAGACAACUACUCGUACACACUUCCAAACUUUGAGGACCUCUUGUUGCAAGCAAGACAAAACUUGGCAACACGGGAGGAAAACUGGAGACUUGGCCGGAACUAUAGUUUUCUACCGCAGAAUGUCGCUACCACUCCUACCACACCCAAAACAUCGCCUAUAAAUAAUGUCAACGUCCAAAUCAAAGAAAAGAAGAAGCUGAGUCUGACUGACUUACUGUUUAGACGUUCCCCUGUGGGGACCAAAAGACCAAUAGCACCUCCACGGAGAGGAGCCCCCCAGAUGGAGAUGGUUCCCGGUCGAGGGUACCGAUACGUGCACCGACAAAAACCGCCAGAACCAGUACUCACUAACCCAAUGGACUCCUCAAAGACACGCAACAUUGUGUAUUGUGCUCUUAUUCUCGAGGAAUUUGUUAAAGAAUUGGCUUCCUUUAGUCAGGAACAUUCAGUCUUGUUACGAGACGAAGGUUACUACAGCAAUUAAGUUUGCUUGUCUUUCAUUAGGGUUGAAAAUCAAUGCCAUUUUUUAUGUCAAAAUAUUUGUCUUAGAAAAGUUCAUCAAAAAAUCGUAUAGUUUUGAUAUUUUUACGUUACGUAGAAAAAUCAUGCAGUGAUUGAAAAGACUUUAGUCGAGUCCUGUUUAUAGAUUGAGAAGAUUUUGAAUUUUGUACACAAAAAUUGUUUAACGUUGAUAUGAGAAUGAUGAAAUAGCAGUAGCUUCACAAAAUAGUCAUUAUAACUGCCAGGUGUUGUUUUAAUUAAGAGAUCUUUUGCUUGAUAUUCAGUGCUUCAUCA